CAAAAUAAAAACAAACAAAAUAAAAUAAAACAUUUUCGUUAUUUUUUGAAUUUGAAAAUUUUGAAUCUUUAAGAUCCAAAAUUGUCCCCAUUAUUCAUUCGUUCGUCACGUUCGUUCAGUUCUUGGUUACAUUGAAACGUUUCGAUUUGGAUCUCUUUUCAACUCGUCAUGGAGGCGAUCGAUGAACUCGCUGAGUUGUCCGAGUCGAUGCGGCAAGCCUCCGCCGUGCUUGCCGACGAAGACCUCGACGACAAGUCGACCUCCAAACUUCCUUCGACUUUCCUCAACGUCGUCGCUUUAGGCAAUGUCGGUGCUGGUAAAUCUGCAAUUUUGAAUAGCUUGAUUGGACAUCCGAUUUUGCCAACUGGUGGAAAUGGUGCUACUCGGGCUCCUAUAUGUGUUCAAUUAAACAGGGAUAGCUCUUUAAGCGCUCAGGCUAUUCAAUUACUGAUAGACAAUAAAUCGCAAGAAGUUUCACCAAGUGCUCUUCGGCAUUCUCUUCAAAAUAGGCUAAGCCAAGGCGUGAGUCGUGAUGAAAUAUAUCUGAAAAUUCGUACCAGUGCAGCUCCGCCUUUGAAGUUGAUUGACUUACCUGGAUCAGAUCAAAGAAUUAUGGAUGAUACAAUGAUUAGCAAGUAUGUUGAGCACAAUGAUGCUAUUUUGCUAGUUAUUAUACCUGCUACCCAAGCACCAGAAAUUUCAGCAUCUCGAGCUCUCAAAAUUGCGAAGGAAUAUGAUGCAGAGAGUACUAGAACAGUUGGUGUUAUUAGUAAAAUUGAUCAAGCAGAGGGAGAACCAAAAGCACUUGCAGCUGUUCAGGCUCUCCUAAUGAAUCAGGGUCCACCAAAAACAUCUGAUAUUCCAUGGGUUGCUGUAAUUGGUCAAUCUGUCUCUAUAAGUUCUGCACCAUCUGGAAGUGCUGCAUCAGAGAGCCCUUUAGAAGCUGCUUGGCGAGCUGAGAUAGAAACACUAAAAAAGUCGCUGACUGGAGCUCCUCAAAAUAAGCUUGGUAGAAUUGCUUUGGUGGAUGCCAUUGCUGGGCAGAUGCGUAAUCGUAUGAAAGUCAGGCUUCCAAAUCUCCUUUCUGGGCUUCAAGGUAAGUCUCAAAUGGUUCAGGAUGAAUUAGUGAGGCUUGGUGAACAAUUGGUUGAUAGUUCAGAAGGUACAAGGGCUUUAGCUUUGCAGCUGUGCCGUGAAUUUGAAGACAAGUUUCUCCUGCAUUUAACAGGCGGUGAAGGUAGUGGUUGGAAAGUUGUUGCAAGUUUAGAGGGCAACUUUCCUAACAGGAUCAAGCAACUCCCCUUAGAUAGACAUUUUGACAUAAACAAUGUGAAGAGGGUUGUCCUAGAAGCAGAUGGUUAUCAACCUUAUCUUAUAUCUCCGGAGAAAGGGUUAAGGUCUUUAAUAAAAAGUGUCCUUGAGAUGGCAAAGGAACCAUCACGUCAGUGCAUUGAUGAGGUGCAUCGUGUAUUGGUGGAUUUAGUUUCUUCAGCCGCAAAUGCCACUUCUGGUCUUGGAAGAUAUCCUCCUUUUAAGAGAGAGGUUGUGGCAAUUGCAACUGCUGCACUGGAUGGAUUUAAGAAUGAAGCAAAAAAGAUGGUAGUUGCACUGGUUGAUAUGGAGCGUGCGUUUGUUCCACCUCAACACUUCAUCCGUUUGGUGCAAAGGCGAAUGGAUAGACAACGUCGUGAGGAAGAGCAAAAGAGCCGAUCCUCAAAGAAGGCAGUGGAGGCAGAGCAGUCCUUACUGAAUAGGGCAACUAGCCCCCUAACAGGUGGACAACAAUCUGGAGGAAGCUUGAAAUCAAUGAAAGAUAAAUCUGGUCAACCAGAUAAGGAUGUGACAGAGAGUUCAACAACCUUAAAGACUGCAGGGCCUGGUGGUGAGAUAACAGCAGGAUUUUUGUUGAAGAAAAGUUCUAAAACAAAUGGGUGGAGCAAGAGAUGGUUUGUUUUAAAUGAGAAAACUGGCAAGCUUGGCUAUACCAAAAAACAAGAAGAAAGACAUUUCCGUGGUGUGAUCUCCUUGGAGGAAUGCAAUGUUGAGGAAAUGUCUGAUGAGGAAGAUGCUUCUUCAUCAAAGAGCUUGAAAGAUAAAAAGGCUAGUAAAGCAGAAAAAGGACCCAGUCUUCUUUUCAAGAUCACAAGCAGGAUUCCAUAUAAGACUGUUAUGAAAGCUCACAGUGCUGUUCUGUUAAAGACUGAGACUGUGCAAGAAAAGGUUGAAUGGAUAAACAAGCUGAGAAAUGUGAUCCAGUCUAGAGAAGGUGAUGUGAGUGUUAGGGGUGAACCUGGUCUUCCCAUGCGGCACAGUCAUUCCGAUGGCUCACUGGAAACAAUGGCUAGAAGACCUGCAGAUCCAGAAGAAGAGCUUCGGUGGAUGUCUCAAGAAGUACGUGGUUAUGUCGAAGCUGUUCUUAACAGCCUUGGUGCCAAUGUGCCAAAAGCAGUCGUUCUUUGCCAAGUAGAGAAGGCCAAGGAAGACAUGCUUAACCAGUUAUACAGUUCUAUAAGUGCCCAAAGCACGCAAAGGAUUGAAGACCUACUUCAGGAGGACAAAAACAUGAGAAGUAAGAGGGAGCUUUGCCAGAAGCAGUCUGCCCUUCUUUCAAAACUCAUGAGCACACUCAGCGUCCACGACAACCGAGCAGCCGCUGCCACCAGCUGGGCUAAUAGUGGUGUUGGAGCAGAAAGCAGCCCAAGAACACCUGCUUCAGGUGGUGAUGACUGGAGGGCUGCAUUUGAUGCUGCUGCAAAUGGUCGCGCUGACUCAUUCAGGUCCAGGUCAAAUGGCCACAAUCGGCGAUACAGUGAUCCACCCCAGAACGGUGACGAUACAUCAAGCUCACACUCAAGCCGCCGCACACCUAAUCGAUUGCCACCAGCACCACCACCACAAUCAACUUCACCAUACAGAUAUUAGGUAAGCUUUAGACCCAAAAAAUAUUAUUCAUGCAUUCUUGUCGAGCGUCGUGGGUGUUCUGUCUUGUCCCAUCUUGCUCCAUAUUUGAGCAUUUCCCAAGCUCAAAAUUAUUUUACUGUAGCAUUGUAGACGUAGAAUAGAUUCAUUUGUAGAUAUAUAAUAUUGCAGUUAGUAUGGUCUGAUUUUGAUAUGUAAUUUCGAUAUCAUGUUCAUUGAUAUUACAUAUUGAUUUCUUUGUCAUGUAUUUGUUUGUAUUGAAUCUUAAUGA